UUGUCCCUUAUCUAAUAUGGCCGAAGCCUCAUAAAAUGGAAACACUGACCAAAUUACUUGUAGUAUGAGACCACUCUUCUUUUAUGGUGCAAGCGAAUAUGAUGCAUGUUGCCGUCCACGUUCCCAGUCUCGCUUCAGUUUCAAGUAUCAAACCCAGAAGCAGGACGCAGAAGAUAAAACCGGGGGUUGUCUGUGCGGCUUUUGAUCAAACAGUUGGUGGGCAGUUGCUAAUUGAUAAAGAGAAGAGUAAAAGCAGGAGAAGGGUGUUCUUCUUGGACGUUAAUCCACUCUGUUAUGAAGGCAGCACGCCCAGUUUGCAAUCCUUUGGCCACUGGGUUUCCCUUUUCUUUAGCGAAGUUAGCCACACUGACCCUGUCAUCGCUGUUCUUGAUGGGGAAGGGGGUUGUGAGCAUCGUCGACGAUUAUUGCCUUCGUAUAAAGCUCAUAGGAGAAAAUUCAUUGGACUGUUAAAUGGUUCUCAAAGAUUCUCGAGGGGCCAUGUUGGGAGGUCACGUCAAUUCAUCAUGGAUGUUCUCGGAAAAUGCCAUGUGCCAGUUGUUAAAAUUGAGGGUCAUGAAGCAGAUGAUGUGGUGGCUACACUUGUGGACCAAGUUUUGCAAAGAGAUUACCGGGUGGUUAUUGCCUCUCCUGACAAAGAUUUUAAGCAAUUGAUAUCUGAAGAUGUGCAGUUGGUUAUGCCUCUGAAGGACUUAGAACGAUGGUCCUUUUACACCCUAAAACACUACAUUGCUCAAUAUAAUUGUGAUCCGCACUCUGAUUUGAGUCUUAGGUGCAUUAUGGGUGAUGAGGUUGAUGGUGUUCCUGGAAUCCAACAUUUGGUUCCUGGAUUUGGCCGUAAAACUGCCUUGAAGCUUUUGAAAAAGCAUGGUUCGCUGGAAAAUUUACUGAAUGCAGCAGCGGUAAGAACCGUGGGUAGACCGUAUGCGCAAGAGGCCCUCACAAAGUAUGCUGAUUACUUGCGAAGAAAUUAUGAAGUUCUUGCCUUAAGGAGGGACAUUGAUGUUCAUCUUGAAGAGGAAUGGUUGGUUGAAAGAAAUACGAGCAAUGAUUCAAUAAUUUUAUCUGACUUCUUUGGAUCGUUGCAAGAAACCCAGAAGGUCACUCGUCAAAAUAGAUAUCAUUUUUCUAAUGGUUAAAGCUCCACCAAGACUCUUUGCGCCUUAAAUUGAUACAUGGCACAUACAGAGGAUCAUUUGGGUUUAGACACACGAAUUUUCCCGAAAGCGGAGACUAUUGAAGCAUGUAGCAACAGUGGGACUUGUAUGUGCAAGACAACGAUCCUUGGAGAGUUUCUUGAAGAAUAUAUCAUAGUUUGACGAUGCAGCUCACGGUUCCAUAGUUCUCAUAACUCAUAUCUUUCAAAAGGGAUUUCACCAACAAUCAGAGAAAAAAAGAACAAAGCAGGCAUACUUAAAGGUCACACAGACUUGCCUAUUAACUUGUAUCAAUUGUUUGUAGGCAUUUUUAUACAGUUGCUGUAAUCUUGUAUCUUAUAUUGACAAAAAUCUGAAAAUAAAAAUAAAAAUGAUAUUAACAUUAAUAUUAGAGUAUUUGUAGAGUGAGAUAAA